AUGCCAAAUGCUAUUGGCCUGCAUUGCAUGAGUCGAAUGCGUGAACUGCAUCUAAGUGGUUCCUGCGUCACAGACAGGCAUUUAUGUAAUGUUGGUGUUGGAAAAUGCCUUGUGAGAUUAUCAAUCGAGUCAUGCACAAAUUUGACAGAUGUGUCCCUUCUUACGGCUGUUGAAACGCUGGAGGAAGUCAGGCUUGACGGCUGCAAGAAUGUAGUGAAGGGUAUUAAUGAAUUUGGCCGCAUGCCGUACCUUCGUGUGUUAAUUUUGAAAGAAACGAGUGUUACAGAUCGAUGUCUGCGUGGGUUCGCCAGUAGCCGCAGCCUUGUGAAGCUCUUCAUUGAGUCCUGCUCGCAGCCAACAGAUGUGUCCCCCAUUUCUGCUGUUGAAACGCUGGAGGAAGUCAGGCUUGACGGCUGCAAGAAUGUAGUGAAGGGCAUUAAUGAAUUUGGCCGCAUGCCGUACCUUCGUGUGCUCAUCUUAAGAGAGGUUGGCGUUACAGAUCGAUGUCUCCGUGGGCUCAGUUGCUGCCGCAGCCUUGUCGAACUUGCCCUCGAAUACUGUUUACAACUAACAGACGUGUCACCUAUUUCGAUGCUUGAGACUCUGCAGAAAGUUCGUUUUGAUGGAUGUAAGAAUGUGGUAAAGGGUUUCGGAGAACUUGGCAGGGUCCCUUACCUUCAAACGCUUUCCUUGAAUGAAACGAAUGUGGAUGAUAGAGCCCUUUUCACACUUCGGGCCACUGGCAGUUUGGUCGAGCUCUCACUUGAAUCGUGCCCGCAACUCACUGAUGUGACACACCUUUCCAUGAUUGACACGCUGCAAAAGAUCGUUCUUGAGGGGUGCGCAAAUGUGGCGAAAGGUGUAGGGCUCUUGGGUAGGCUUCCUGCGCUCCGUGAACUUUAUGCUGGUGCAACUUCUAUUGCGGAUACGUCCAUUUCUGCGCUCUCCCGCAGCGGAACACUUACAAAGAUUGAUGUUAAGUUCUGUCAGGGGCUUACGGACGUCUCGCCGCUUGUAGAUAUGAAACUUCUUGAGGAAAUCAAUCUUGAGGGGUGCAAAAAUGUCGAACACGGCCUACCAUGUUUGGAAAAGCUGAAUUUGUUACGUGUACUCCACUUGACGGAAACACAAAUGACUGAUGACUACUUACGCGGCCUUUGCGCCAGUUGCAGCAUUGUCGUGCUCGACGUCAGUUUGUGUGACCAAUUAGUGGACAUGUCUCCCCUUGCAAGUAUUGAAACGCUUGAAGUUUUAAGGGCCAACAAUUGCAAAAGUGUGGUGCGAGGUGUCGGUGCACUCGGUGGGCUUCGGGCACUACGUGAGUUGGGCUUAAAAGCAACUAUGAUCAAAAAUAAGUCUCUCUGUGGUCUCGGGCAAAGUCGUACUCUUGUCCAGAUUGAUCUAGAGGCAUGCGAGCGCUUGACAGAUGUCACUCCGCUAUCGCAAAUAAGAACGUUGGAGGUUGUCAAUCUUAAUGGGUGUAAAAACGUAGUUAGUGGUUUGAAAUCAAUGGCAGUGAUGCCGCGGUUGCGCCUGCUGCAUCUUAUGGAUGUGGAAUUGGGCAGCGAUGUCUUAGAUGAACUAAAGUCAAUGAACGUAUGGGUUAAUAAAUAA